CUCAACCAGGGGUUAUACUACGCACCCCACCUCCACCCUCUGUCUCCCUCUACAGCCGAGCUUUCUCGCUCUACAUCCUCUCUCUCCCUCUCUCUGUGCAAUGAAGAUGGCUUCGUCUUCGCUCUUCGUUUUUUUCGUUGUUCUCCUCUGCCUCGCUUCUCGGCCGUCGCACUCGCACACUGAGUCGAGUCUGUUGGAGGACAACAAUGCGACGGCGGAGUCCAACGCCUCGCGGUCGAGAUCUCAGGACAGCUUCGCCGACAUGAUCGAUCGGGCGCUGGAGAAGGAGUUCACGGAAAAUGAACAAACCGGAGCCAGUGAUGCUGGUAGCUUCAACAACAGUGUUGCGGAACAGCAGGCAGUUUUGGAAACUGUUGCUAGAGUUAGGCCCAAGAAAAACGACACGAAGGAGGAGAAGUCAUUUCAGCUUCACAAUGUUUUCAAUUUGGAUAAUGAGAACAGACAAGAAGAUACACCAACAUUGAUAGAUCGAAAGGACAAUGUUUUUAUUAUGUCCAAUCCCAAGUCAAAGUACCCUGUGCUACAGUUAGACUUGAGAUUGAUAUCAGAUUUGGUUGUUGUCAUUGUUUCUGCAACUUGUGGCGGCAUUGCCUUUGCUUGUGCUGGACAGCCGGUUAUUACUGGAUAUCUACUGGCAGGAUCUGUUAUUGGACCUGGAGGUUUAAGUUUUGUUAGUGAAAUGGUGCAAGUUGAAACGGUAGCUCAGUUUGGUGUGAUUUUUCUUCUUUUUGCAUUAGGCUUGGAGUUCUCCACGACAAAGCUUCGUGUCGUUCGGGCAGUUGCUGUUUUAGGAGGUCUGCUCCAGAUUUUCUUAUUUAUGUGCUUGUGUGGAAUCACUGCCUCGUUAUGUGGUGGCAAACCUUCUGAGGGGGUAUUUGUUGGUGUAUUACUUUCCAUGUCUUCGACAGCAGUGGUUUUGAAAUUUUUGAUGGAAAGAAAUAGUAUCAGUGCUCUUCACGGUCAGGUUACAGUUGGCACUCUUAUUCUGCAGGAUUGUGCUGUGGGCUUGCUAUUUGCUCUUCUUCCAGUCCUGGGUGGUACUUCGGGUAUUCUUCAAGGAGUAAUAUCAAUGACAAAAUCGUUGGUGGUUUUGAUAACUUUUUUGGCCAUUUUGUCAAUACUAUCUCGUACUUGUGUCCCUUGGUUCCUUAAGCUGAUGGUUAGCCUAUCAUCACAGACUAAUGAACUUUAUCAAUUGGCUUCAGUGGCAUUCUGCUUACUCGUUGCUUGGUGUAGUGAUAAGCUGGGUCUAAGCCUUGAACUUGGUUCCUUUGCUGCUGGAGUGAUGAUAUCAACAACUGAUCUUGCUCAACACACUCUUGAACAAGUUGAGCCUAUCCGCAACUUCUUUGCCGCUCUUUUUCUCGCCAGCAUUGGGAUGUUGAUACAUGUUCAUUUCCUUUGGAAUCACGUUGAUAUUUUACUCGCAGCUGUUAUAUUGGUGAUCAUUAUAAAAACUAUUGUGGUUUCUACAGUGGUCAAGGGAUUUGGAUACAACAAUAAGACUUCACUUCUUGUUGGAAUGUCUCUGGCACAAAUUGGGGAGUUUGCUUUUGUUCUUCUAAGCCGUGCUUCUAAUCUUCAUCUAGUUGAGGGCAAAUUGUACUUACUGCUUCUCGGCACUACUGCUCUCAGUCUGGUCACAACACCAUUGCUUUUCAAGCUGAUUCCUGCUGUUGUACAUCUUGGGGUACUGUUGCGGUGGUUCUCUCCUGAUGUUCCAAGUGAGAUUGGAUUUAAAGGAGAUAGCUUUCGAGCAGACAGUGCUAAGCGUAUUACUUUGAUGGUCCAAGGCUCUCAUGAUUCAUGAUAUUAAAUAAAACAUGAACCAGAAAAAUGCAAAUUUCAGGCUUUACCUGAUGGGCUUCUUAUACUCUGGAGGACAGGUGCCUAAAAGUGCAAAGGAGGUUGACUGAGUGAACAAAAUUUUCAUAUUAGAAAGCUCCUCAUAUGUUGCCUACAUUACAUAUGUAUUUCUGACCAAGCCAGUGGAAGAAAGUGCCAACAGAGAUGAAGAAAUGAAGAAGCCCCGUGGAUAGAACCGUUUGCCAACUUUCACUAACCUCUAAUUCAGGUCAUUGCGAUUCUCUCAGAUGACCUAUUUUGUGUAAAAUAGCAUCCAUUUUAUUGUGUAAUUCUUUUCAAAUUUUCCCCUUUUUUCCUUUUUGGCUUUAAUUUGAUGGCUUUCAAUUCUUUUUUCGUUUCCUUAAGAUAAAUGUCAACUAUCAAUGCUGUUAUUAAAUGCACAAAUGUAUUAACUGAUGUCUUGUUCAUUUAAUGAUACCACACUGACCGGAUUUUGCUUUGUUUC